AUGAACGACCAAAACAAGUCACAACCUGAUGUUUUAGAGCAAAUCUAUGUACAUGAUGUUUACAAUCGACUUGAUUCAACAACAUUAACACAAGAUACAACAGCAUGGCCUAAUGUUCGAAAAUUUCUUAAUCGAAUAUCAUCACAACAUAAAAAUGCUUUAGUAGCUGAUGUUGGUUGUGGAACUGGAAAAUAUAUUAAACUUAAAUCAGAUUUAUUUACUAUUGGUUGUGAUCGUAGUGCUCAAUUAUGUGAAAUAGCUCGAGAUAAAUAUUCUCAUAUACCAAUUAUUAUAGCUGACAAUCUUCAUUUACCAUAUCGAGAUAAUUUAUUUGAUGCUGUCCUGUCCAUUGGUGUUAUACAUCAUUUAGCUACACAUCAACGACGUGUCAAAGCUAUUCAAGAAUGCCUUCGUAUUUUAAAACCUAACGGGGGUCAAUUAUUAAUUUAUACUUGGGCAAUGGAACAAAAACAACGAAAAUUUUGUAGUCAAGAUGUCCUAGUUCCAUGCAUUAAUCAUCAAGUAUCAUCAGAUAUCAUUCUUGAUAAAAAUUCUUGGUCAAUUUCACUUGAUAUGGAAGAAAAUUUUUUGCGUCGUAUUGAACAAAUUAAUAAUCAAGCAAAAAAAUUUUCAAUGAUUGAAUCAAUACAAAAUUUAUUUCAACGUUUUGUAAAACAAACAUCAUCAACUCCGUCCACACCAACAUUAUCACAUCAAGAUCGCUUAACAUUUCGUAUUCGACCAUUUCCAAUGAGUUCAUAUGAUAAUGAACCAAAUAAUACAAAUCCAUAUAAUAAACGUUAUUAUCAUGUAUGUAAACAUGGCGAACUUGAAAUGCUUAUUGAAGAAGCAUCAAAAACUAUAGUCGGAUCAAAAAUAAUCAAAUCUUAUUAUGACCAUGGAAAUUGGUGUGCUAUUGUUCAAAAAGAUAUAUGA